UGGCUCUUUGGUGACUCCAGUGGCGGAUGUAUGUAACAGCAGCAUACUGAAUGAAGAGGAAAUGCUCUAUCGUUUGCAUUAAUCGCCAAGACACGAUCUGCGAUAAUGGCUACCAAUCACUCUUGUCUACCCUGCACUUUUGUUGCGAUAUCUGAAGACAACUUCUAUUUUCAAGUUAUGGACGAUGAAACAGAUUUGCAGUGUGAUUCAUAUAAAAUAGACAAACCAUCCCAGUACAAGCAUUGCCUCCGAGUCCAAGACAACCGCUUUCUCUCAGUUGUUGGAGAACAGUGUCUCUUUGUGUAUUUCAACGGGAAGGAGAAAGUAGGACCUGGUAAGUUCAUCGUUCAACCGUUCAACGAGACCCCGGACUCCCCCCCCCACCCUGCGGAUAGAGGCAGGGCCGUCACCCUGGCUGUUAGGGAGGAGAGCCAGUACAAGGUGGUGUCCUGUGGGGAGGGCAGCAACGACAUCAAGGUGCAGAUCAUGGAUAAACUUCCAGACAAAAUCGGAGACGAUGCCUGCUGGUCCGUGUUCUACAUGAAGGACAGUAGGGGGAGCAGUGGGCACUACCAGUUCGUGUCCGCUGCCAAGCCGCAAUUCGCCCUGGCCAUCCAACCGGAACAAGGGACUACCCGAAUGAGCAAACUAGUGUUGCGACAAUUAGUUGAUGAGGUGGACGAGGGCUGCCACAUUGAAGUGCCUCUUUGUCGGUAAAUGCAAAUACAUAUCAAUAAAUAGAUGAUGAAUAAAUGUGAAGUGUUAUUUGUUCCCUAGAAUCCCUUGUACAUUUUGCUAUCGAUGAGCACCUGAUACUGGUUUUUGCCUUGCCUGCUAAUUGGUGCCAGCGACUCCACUGACAGAUCACAGUCCAGAUGUGCUUCUUGGUGCCUUGUGCCACAGCGCCACGCGUCCAUAUACAUGGCAAGCGGUCAAGGCUUGGGAAGGCAAUGCUCAUCAUUUGCCUUUGCUUGAUUCCUUGCUCCAAUGUCCUGUUGAUGGCCUUUGCUACCCAUCCACAUAAAACAAGGUGUGCUGUAACCCAGGAGCCAAAAUGUACUUAUAUUGAUGGCAAACACCAAGCAGGCCGAGAAGAAUAUUGAGUACUUCAGGAUUCAUUGAAGUACUCAAUGAAUCCUUCUAUCACAAGUAGUCAAGAUGCCUACAAGAAUAUGCCGUAGAGCUGAUCGAGUCAAAUCCUCAACUUGUAUUGAUCUAAUAUUUACAAUUUUUUCUGAGCUGUGUUCAAAAGUAAUUUCCAUUCCCAUAGGCUGCAGUGACCACAACCUUAUCGCUAUUGGAAGAAAAACGAAAAUACCCAA